AAGACAAAAACCUAGUACGCGGCUCCUCUUGCAUACGACGUCGUUUUAUAGCUUACUCGAAGCAUUUUAGUGAAAGGACACAGAUGUAAUUAUAGGAAAACCGUCGUACAAAACCGUCAAAAAGGAAGUCGCUUCAACUCAAAAUUGUUUUCCCAUUUGCCCCCACCAUCGUUUUGCAGUUACAAAGGGGCCUCUGUUAGGUACGGUUUGCUGCAGGGCAGAGUUGCUCCGGCGGAAUUCUCGGGAAAAUACAGAGAGAGAGAGAGAGAUAGAGAGAGAGAGAGAGAGAGAGAGAGAGAGAGAGAGAGAGGAUGAUGACGGAGGAGGAGAUGAGGGAGGUGGAAGGACAAGUAGUGGUUGAGGCAAUGGCGGUGGAAGGGGGAGUGGAGGAGGCGAAGGGGAAGAUAAGGGGGCCGUGGUCGGAUCAAGAGGACGCGAUUCUGAGCGCGCUGGUGGGUAAGUUCGGGGCGAGAAACUGGAGCCUGAUCGCCCGCGGAAUUCCGGGGCGUUCUGGGAAGUCGUGCCGCCUCCGCUGGUGUAAUCAGCUCGACCCUUGCGUUAUGCGUAAACCUUUUACCGAUGAAGAAGAUCGUAUAAUUUUAGAAGCCCAUGCAGUUUACGGAAACAAAUGGGCUUCGAUCGCGAAAAUUCUCCCUGGCAGAACAGACAACGCAAUAAAAAACCACUGGAAUUCCACAUUACGCCGUAAGUGUGGCUUUCCUAGGAGAUCAUCAACACCACUAACUGUUCAGAUGUUACCUAAUAUCAGUAUCGACUGGACAAAAGCAUCUUCAGAAGAUACCUUGUCCGGUGGUGGACCUCGUAACUCAUUCAAGCCCUCCGAAGAAGUGGAAACGAGAUCAGUGUCAAUAAACCAUCCGAAAAACCCCGAGUAUGAAACUCUACAAAUCGGCGGACCCUCGACGAGCGCCUUAGAAAUAGACGAAGUGGGAUUGAUUGAAGAUCUUGAAAAAAAAUACGAAGAAGACAAAACUCAAACUUGUGUUCCGAAACAAAAUCCGUCGGUCUCGCGCCCAAUUGCUAAAGUGGGUGGAUUCGAUAUCUAUAAUUCUUGUAGCGAUGAGUCUACAUUCUCAGGAGCAGUUCUUCCAAUUACGGGAUCAAUGAUUCGACCGUCGAAAAUGGAUUUGGGAAUAUGCAAGAAGUUUCUUGAUGUUGGUGCAUCGUGUGAUGGUGACCGCAUAAUCCCAUUACAAUGCGGAUACGGUUGCUGUUCGAAUUCAACCACUCAUUCUUCUCGCAGCUCAUUAUUGGGACCGGAAUUCGUUGACUACGAGGAGACGCCCAGUUUUUCAAGUCACGAGCUGACAUCAGCGGCUGCAGAUUUGAAUAAUAUGGCGUGGAUAAGAAGUGGUCUUGAAAAUUCCCGUAAUGCCAAACGGCAAAAAGGGUCGGAAGAUAGUGUGAAAAACGAUCAAAUGAUAUUCGAUAGGCAAAACGUAUUUACUGGCGUGACGAGGGAAGUGGGGACCACUAAGAUGAGUAUGCCUACAUUCACAUUGCAAACUCAGGUCGAAGGGUUGAGCUGAAUCUUGAUUUUCCUACUACUACUUUUUUUGUUGAGCUGAGAGUUUUUUGUGAUCCCCGAUUUUUUUGUUGAGAAUUACUCGGUUGAAUAUUGGGGGAGAGGAUAUGUUCUAACUGGAUGUGUAGGAGAUUCAAGAUAUUUUGGUUAAUUAUUAUUAGUAAGCAGUUUAAUUUAUAUAGUUUAGUUUCUACAGGAUUGGUCAAUGAUCAUGAUAUGCAGUUCUUCUGUCUAUAAAAUUGUGGAUUUAUUGUUCUUCCGGUAACUUUUUAUUUUCCUUGUGGUGAAUGUAAAUGAUGAGUCUUUUAUUGUA